GAACAUUCAAUUGAUAGAUCGAGCUAGGCUUUGAUCAACCACAGAUUCUUCAGAGAAUAGCUAGUCCCAAAUGGGUAGAAGCCCUUGCUGUGCUAAGGAAGGCUUGAAUAGAGGUGCUUGGACUGCUCAAGAAGACAAAAUUCUUUCAGAAUACAUCAGAGUUUAUGGAGAAGGAAAAUGGAGAAACAUUCCCAAAAGAGCAGGAAAUUAAUUUACCAUCUCUCUCUCUUUCUCUCUUGCUUAUAAGUAAAAAUGGUGCAUGGCUUCAUUUCUUUCCUUUUUUCUGCAGGAUUGAAGAGGUGUGGGAAGAGCUGCAGGCUUCGCUGGUUGAAUUAUCUGAGACCAGACAUUAAGAGAGGAAACAUAUCACCGGACGAGGAGGAGCUAAUCAUAAGGCUUCACAAGCUCUUGGGGAACAGAUGGUCACUGAUAGCGGGAAGGCUUCCAGGGCGAACAGACAAUGAAAUAAAAAACUACUGGAACACAAAUCUAGGCAGAAAAGUUGAAGAUCCCAAGCUUUCAAAUCACCAGUCUGGUAAGAAAAAUUUGAAGAAGCCCAAGAUCAACCCAUCAGCAGCAUCCAAGAUGGAUUUACUUGUGGCUCGGCCUAAAGCAAUUAAAUGCUCUAAAGUUGUCAUCACACAGCAGCCUUACUGUAAAGAAUCAGGGCCGUCCGUGGAUGGUGAUCAUAAUCCCCUCGACAAUUCGUUUGGUAGCAGAGAAAAUAAGCAAACACCGGACUUCGUGGUGGAUUUCAAUAUGUCGGAACUUUGCUUUCCUGAUCUUCUCAGCUCCUGCUUUCCUCCUCAUCAUAAUGACAAUGAUAUAUCUCCCUCUUCGGAACAAUCCUUAAAGUUUUCCUAUGAAAUGAUGCACGAUUGGAACAUCACCAAUCGUGUUCAACCCAAUGUUCUUCUCGACAUCCACUCUCUGGCUUCAUUUCUUGACUCUGAAGGGGAAUGGCAGGCAGAAUAGUUUAGAAAAAUAUCAAAAUUAAGAAAUAAAUCUAUUAAUGUUAUUAUGACAGUGACUGUCUUUAGCUGCUCCUCACCUAGCUAGUAAAGUUUCAUGUAAAUAAUUUCGGAUACUUUAUAAAAAUAUAACUUAGUGCUGUAUUUCCUUGGU